AUGUCCUCGCAGGUGGCUGGCAGAAAGAAGAAUGAGGGGCUGCAGAAAGGUCCGUCGGAGGCCUUGCAGAAACGACGCCGGCGCAUGUCUUUUAGCGAGCUUACAGACUUUGUUGUCGAAAGGAAGAUUUCAACAGUGGCAGAGCUAUGGAAGGCCGCCAAAGAGGAAAAGAUGCGUGGCAACUCUUUGGUUUGGGACCAUGUGGGGCAGCUUCGGGAUCCAGCUGCGGAAGUGCAGAAAAUCUUGGCUGCGUGGCACCGACCUGAAACCUUGGGGGCUUCAACUCUUAUCACCUCACCACGCUUUCCUUUGGAGCACUUUGAUGUACCUCCACGGGUCCUGCAGUGGAAGGAGACCCAAUCCCUCACCCAUACCUUAAUCCUGCGUGGUCCGCCUGGGACUGGGAAGACUGAAAUGGCUAUAUCCGUGCUUUUGUCCACAUGCCGCGCUGGCAUCCACUUUGUCAGCAAGCUUGAUCAGAUGCAUAAGAUCACCGUGCACCCAGGUGAGGGACUUGUUGUCGAUGAGGCUUGUUUCAGGACAGUGAGCAUUGAUGAUGCGAAAGCUUGGUGCGAUGUGACUCACGCACGCGAUGUGCACAACCGUUGCUCUGACGGACACAUUCCAGCGCAAACGCCAAGGAUCUUCACUACAAACCAUGAAGUCCCACAGUUUUGGCCCCCAGAGUAUUUUCCUUCCAGUCAUCAGGCUGCAAUUGAUCGGAGAACUGUUUGGGUUGACUGCCCAAACAAGCUGUUCAAGGACAGGGAAGCAACGUGCAAGGGUAACAACGUAACGUUACGAAGCGCCAUACAAGGGAGGUGUAUUGCCCCCCAAAAGUGUGUAACGCAGGUGGUCAGCGAGGUUCAUUGA